CAUGUUUAUGUGUUCGGCUUUUCAUGCCUGUUUUCUUGCAAAGAGAAGGGGCACAUUGUCCAGUCCAUGAGCCAAAAUGACUAGCCAACUGCUGGAACCCAUUGCUUGCCCACCAUCACCACCUGACCAUGUCCCCAACAUUCCUCACAACCUCACUGCCCUUUCCUUUCAGAAACUGAAGCAAGCCCAUCAACCGGUUAACAUUUCUCAGCAAAAAAACCAGUCCAAUUUCUCUCUACUAGACAAUAAGCCGUUAAAUACAAGCAAGUAUGCUUCAGUUCUUGAUUCUUGUAAAUGCCCAAAACUGGGAAAACAGGUUCAUGCUCACACAAUCAAAACUGGGUUUGAUGCUGAUGGAUUUGUAGAUACCAAGUUGCUGCAAAUGUAUGCAAGGUGUGGUUUGUUAAAAGAUGCAGACUUUUUGUUUGAAACGAUGCCAAGGAGAAACUUGCAUUCAUGGAAAGCAAUUCUUAGUGUGUAUUUGGAUCAUGGGCUGUUUGAGGAAGCGUUUUUACUCUUUCAAGUAUUGCAAUUUGACGGUGUUGAAUUGGAUUUCUUUGUGUUUCCUUUAGUGUUUAAGGCUUGUAGUGGCCUUGGUAGUGUAGAACUAGGGAGGCAGUUACAUGGGUUGGUGAUAAAGUUUCGGUUUUAUUUGAAUAUUUAUGUGAGUAAUGCUUUGAUAGAUAUGUAUGGUAAAUGUGGAAGCUUGGACGAUGCUAAGAAAGUUUUAGUAAAGAUGCCUGAAAGAGAUAGUGUAACAUGGAAUUCUGUUAUAACAGCUUGUGCUGUUAAUGGGAUGGUUUAUGAGGCAUUGGAGUUUUUGGAGAAAAUGAAGACUUUAGAUUAUUCUAUGCCAAAUGUUGUUUCUUGGAGUGCAGUUAUAGGAGGGUUUUCCCAGAAUGGUUAUGAUGAGGAAGCCAUAGAGAUGCUAUUUAGAAUGCAAGUAGAAGGGCUUAUACCGAAUGCUCAAACCUUGGCGAGUGUUCUUCCAGCAUGUGCUAGAUUACAAAGGCUUGACCUUGGAAAGCAACUCCAUGGUUAUAUCACGAGACAUGAUUUUAUCUCUAACCCUGUUGUGGUGAAUGCAUUAGUUGAUGUGUACAGGAGGUGUGGUGAUAUGGGAGGUGCGGCUAAGAUCUUUUUAAAAUUCUCAGUGAAAAAUGUAUUAUCUUGUAAUACAAUGAUUGUUGGAUAUUGCGAAAGCGGUGAUGUCUCCAAGGCCAAGGAGCUCUUUGAUUGCAUGGAUGUUUUAGGAAUAGAAAGGGAUUUAAUUUCAUGGAACUCGAUUGUUUCAGGUUACGUUAGAAACUUCAUGUUUGAUGAAGCUUUCAGCAUGUUUCAGAAUUUGCUAACGGAAGAAGGGAUUGAGCCAGAUUCUUUUACUUUAGGGAGUGUUUUGACUGCUUGUGCUGAUACAAUUUCUUUGAGGCAAGGGAAGGAGAUACAUGCCCAAGCCAUUGUCAAGGGCUUGCAAUCGGAUACCUUUGUUGGUGGGGCUCUGGUGGAAAUGUACUCUAAAUGCCAGGACCUAACGGCUGCCCAGAUGGCUUUUGAUGAGGUGAUGGAGAAGGAUGUGCCAACAUGGAAUGCUCUGAUCUCAGGCUAUGCUCGCAGUAACCAGAUUGAAAGAAUUCAAUAUCUUCUUGAGAAGAUGAAAGGAGAUGGUUAUCAUCCAAACAUUUAUACAUGGAACAGCAUUCUUGCAGGUCUUGUGGAAAACAGACAGUUAGAUUUAACGAUGCAGUUGUUCUCUGAAAUGCAGAUCUCAAAGUUGAGGCCUGAUAUUUACACAGUUGGAAUAAUUCUCCCUGCUUGCUCGAGGUUGGCCACUCUUGAGCGAGGAAAACAAGCUCAUGCAUACUCAAUUAAAUGUGGUUAUGACACAGAUGUCCACAUAGGAGCAGCCCUUGUGGACAUGUAUGCAAAAUGUGGAAGUUUAAAGUAUGCACAGUUAGCCUAUGAUAGGAUAUCAAACCCUAAUUUGGUGUCCCACAAUGCCAUGCUUACUGCAUAUGCGAUGCAUGGACAUGGGGAAGAGGGAAUUUCUCUCUUUCAAACAAUGCUGGCCUUAGGUUUUAUACCAGACCUUGUGACUUUUCUGUCUGUUCUCUCCUCAUGUGUUCAUGUUGGAUCAGUCGAGACAGGCUGUAAGUUUUUUGAUUUGAUGGGGUAUUAUAACGUUAAACCCACAUUAAAACACUACACAUCUAUGGUUGAUCUUCUAAGUCGUUCAGGACAGCUUCAUGAAGCUUAUGAGCUUAUAAAGAAAAUGCCCGUGGAAUGUGAUUCAGUUUUGUGGGGUGCUUUGCUUGGGGGCUGUGUUACUCAUGGUAAUAUUGAGUUGGGAGAAAUUGCAGCAGAGAGGCUGAUAGAAUUGGAGCCAAACGAUAGUGGAAACUAUGUUUUACUGGCUAAUUUACAUGCUUAUGCUAGGAGAUGGACUGACCUAGCUAGAGUAAGAGGCAUGAUGAAGGAUAGGGGAAUGCACAAGAGCCCUGGAUGCAGUUGGAUCGAGGACAAGAAUGAAGUUCAUUCCUUUCUUGCUUGUGACAGAUCUCAUAAGAGAGCAGAAGAGAUUUAUGCUACUCUAGAUUACUUAGCCCUUCACAUGAAAACAGGGAUAGUACAGGGGUUAUGUCAGUAUACAACAAGCUAGCAUGUGAUACCUAUACCAGCAUUGUACAAAUUUCUAUAGCAUGUGAGAAUACAACUGCUGUUGUCUGAAGACCUACAAACUACUUUUUAUGAGAGGUGAUCUUCAACUUAACGAUGGAAAGUUGCCUUUCCUUCGUUGAUAUCGGCAGAAAAUCUUAUCUUUAAUAUUCUGUUCAUGUCUAGUGA